CGGCGGGCGGACGGAGGUGAGCAGGCAGAGGCAGCGGGGAGUAAAUCGGAGUUCAAUCAGGUUUGUUCGAUGGUGGGUUUGUGGAUAAGGACUAUCAAGCUGAAGUAGCGAGCAGAUCUACCGUUGCAAGGAUGAUCAUAGAGGCGACAAUGGCCUUUCUCAUGAACCAAGUAAGGCAAUAUAUUUUACUACCUCAUCUUCUUCCUCCCUUCCGCUUUCAUGAUGAAAGCUCUUUCAUUUGUAUGUGACAUGAGUUUCACAAUAGUAAGCAGAG